AUGACUUUAGGCGAUGCGUUUCGGUACCGGCCAGACGGUGUUCUUUUCAUGACUUCGACCGCAUACAACCAGAUCUACGGAGCCAAGAAAAACAAUGUCAAGAAAUCGAAAUUCUAUAAAUCGUUUCAGCGUAACAAGCAUUUUCCAAACGUUCUAACUACUACGGAUGAAGCUGCUCACGCGAAGACACGCAAGGUUCUGAAUUCUGUCUUCUCUGCCGAGACUGUGCAGUCAGCGGAAGCUUUCAUCAUCAAGCAUGUCGACCGGUGGUGUGAGAUUGUUAGUGAAGGUUCAACAGAAUGGACGGAACCGAAGAAUGUCUCGGCACAGAUUGACUUUAUGACUUUUGAUAUUAUGGGAGAUUUGGCUUUUGGGGUAGACUUUGGGACUCAAGAGGCGGAGGAAAAUCCAAUGAAAGCGAUUCCAGAGACCAUACAUGGGUUCUUGAAAAGAUUGAAUACGAUCGGGCACUCUCCCCUCCUUGGACUAUUCGUGUGGUUAAAACCAUUAGGUCUCGACGUCCUCCUCCAGGCCACGGCCCCAAAGAGCGUCAAAGAUUACUACAAAUUCCUCGACUCCAGCGUCGGUGAACGCAUCAAGCAAGAAGACAUCAUCGCAUCCCGCAAAGACGGUGACUCAAAAGACAUCCGCCGAGAUCUAUUCCAUAGUCUCUACUCCUCCAAAGACCCCGAAACCGGCGCCCCAUCCUUCAGCCACGCGCACCUCCGUUCAGAAGCCUCUGUCCUGGUCGUCGCGGGCGCAGAUACGACUGCAGCUGCUAUGUCCGCGAUUCUCUUCUAUCUUACGAGGAAUGAGCGCGCGUAUAAGAAAGUUGAGGAGGAGGUUCGAAGUACAUUCACUUCUGUAGAUGAAAUCCGCAGCGGCGCGAAGCUAUCAUCAUGUCGCUACCUACGCGCUUGUAUCAAUGAAUCUCAACGCAUGUCACCUAGCGGCCUCACCGAAGCACCCCGUGAAGUCCUCAAGGGCGGACUAGAAGUUGACGGUACGUUGCUGCCCGCAGGCACAACAGUAGGAUGUGCAGCCUGGGCGCUCUCGCAUAGCGAAGAAGCGUACGAUGACCCAUGGGUUUAUCGACCUGAACGCUGGAUCGUUGACCCUGCUACGGGUGUCACCACGGAAGAUGUAGCCAGGGCUGGGAGCUUGGUUCAUCCGUUUUUGAUUGGGCCGGGGAAUUGUGUUGGGCAGAAGGUGGCGAUGAUGGAGUUGCUGAUUUUUGUGGGGAGGGUGGUUUGGAGGAUGGAUUUGAAGGCUGGUGAUGGGAAAGAGGAGACUUAUGGUGGCGGGCAGAGGAACAAGGGGUGGGGAGAGAGGUAUAGGGGGAGUUUUAAGGUUAGGGAUGCUUAUAUUACGUUGAAGGAUGGACCUGUUUUGAGGGUUAGGGAGAGGAGUUUGUAG